CGCGCUCGGUUGGUCGUCCUGUUGCCUGAGCUGCUGCUGCUGCUGCGCGCCGCUUAAAGGCAGAAGCGUCUGAGCAGAAGGGAGAGGAGGGAGGCAGAAGAGGAGCUCUUUACCACCACCUUUACCUCUGGAUUUAACCCACGCGAGUUCCAGGAGGAGGAAGGAGCAACCGCGGAAGGAUACAGGGAGGCUUUGCGGUCAGUGCGCGCAGUUUGGGGGGCGUAGUAGCGCUCGUCCCGCUGCCCCUCCGUCCCCGGCCAUCCAGCCGUGAGUGAGCCCGCUGACCCGUGUCCUCCAGCUGCGGUGAAUCAUGGCGCUCAGGGCCAGAGUGCUGUACGACUUCACCUCCGAGAACCCGGGGGAGCUGUCGGUGAAGGAGAGCGAGGUCCUAACUUUGUACAGCGAGCAGGACAUCGAGGGCUGGCUCGAGGGGGCGAACAGCCGCGGGGAGCGAGGGCUCUUCCCCGCGUCCUACGUGGAGAUCCUGAGGAGCGACAACAGCUGCAGAACAUCUGCCGACACUUUCGCGGACUCUCGGUACUCCAACGCGAAGCCCUCGGGGUUCGACGGCACUUUCCAGCAGCCCCCGGUGGAGCCCUUUCCCAAGUCCUCCUCGAGUCUGUCGACUUUCUCCGUUCCGCUAACGCAGGCCAGCGACGACGACUGGGACGAUGACUGGGAUGACAGCUCCACGGUGGCGGAUGAGCCUGUAGGGGGGAGGUACCACGAAGGUAACGGACCCUCCACCUACAGAGUGUCCACCUCCACGGGGUCCAGAGGAAACGCGCAGCAUGCCAAGAGCUCAGCCACAGUCAGCAGAAACCUGAACAGGUUCUCCACCUUCGUCAAGUCAGGUGGAGAAGCCUUUGUUCUGGGGGAGGCUGCAGGCUUUGUGAAGGAUGGAGACAAGAUCUGUGUGGUGAUGGGUCAGUAUGGUCCAGAGUGGCAGGAGAACCCUUACCCCUUCACCUGCGCCAUCGAUGACCCCACCAAACAGACCAAAUUCAAGGGCAUGAAAAGCUACAUCUCCUAUAAGCUGACACCCACACACACGCAGAACCCAGUGAACAGGAGGUACAAGCACUUUGACUGGCUUUACGCCCGCCUGGUGGAGAAGUUUCCCGUCAUCUCGGUGCCACACAUCCCAGAGAAGCAGGCCACAGGUCGCUUUGAGGAGGACUUCAUCUCCAAGAGGAGGAAAGGCCUCAUGUGGUGGAUGAACCACAUGACCAGCCACCCCGUCCUGGCCCGCUGUGACGUUUUCCAGCACUUCCUCACCUGCAACAGUGCAGAUGAGAAGGCCUGGAAGCAAGGCAAGAGGAAGGCGGAGAAGGACGACAUGGUGGGAGCCAACUUCUUCCUCACCAUCAGCCCCCCGGCGGCUCCUCUGGACUUCCAGGAGGUGGAGAGCAAAGUCGACGGAUUCAAGACCUUCUCCAAAAGAAUGGACGACAGCACCCUGCAGCUCCACGCCACGGUCAGCGAGUUCGCACGCAAGCAGAUGAGCGGCUUCAAGAAGGAGUAUCAGAAAGUCGGAAUGUCCUUCAAGUUUCUGAGCCAAGCCUUCGAGAUGGACCAGCAGACGUAUUCCGCAGGACUCAACCACGCCAUCUCCUUCACCGGAGACACGUACGAAGCAAUCGGGGAGUACUUUUCAGAGCAGCCCAGCAGGGAUCUGGACCCAGUCAUGGAUUUGUUAGCUCUUUACCAAGGACACCUGGCAAACUACCCAGACAUCAUCCAUGUACAGAAAGGAGCUCUGACCAAGGUGAAAGACAGCCAAAAACACGUGGAGGAGGGCAAGAUGGACCGGGCCCAGGCGGACGGCAUCAGCGACCGCUGCAACAUCAUCUCCUACGCCACGCUUGCCGAGAUCCAGCACUUCCACCAGAUCCGAGUGCGGGACUUCAAGGCUCAGAUGCAGCACUACCUGCAGCAGCAGAUCACCUUUUUCCAGAAAAUCACAGGAAAACUAGAAGAAGCCCUGCAGAAGUAUGACAGCGCCUAAUAACGGAUCACUUUUAAACACUGCUUUGUCCUUGAACAUGAAGGAGCAUUUCAGCUGCCAGGAUCAGCCACUGCUACGAUGUGGCAGAAGAGCUGGACAUUCAAGAAUAAGACCCAA